AGAAGCUGCAUCUGGAAAGUCCGGCGGCGAUGACUUCCCACAAGGGCUGGAGCGGAUUUGGAAGUAACUGUGCAAUGUAGCGGGUUCUUUGUGAAAGAGCGGCCCUGAGAGAAGCCACAGGAACAUCCUCUGGGUGCCCGGAGCCCUGACCCGGGGAGCCGCUCGCUUCAGCCUCAUUUCCCGCAGAGGGUGCCAUGCGGAGGCAGCUGGCGGGGGCCUGGCCCUGAGUCCGGGGACUUCAGACAGGACCCCAGCCUCUCCUCCGAGUAGCAGCCCCAAGGAGAUGAGCUGUCCUCUGAUGAAGCCUGGGAUGGUCCCCCCUCCGCCGGGAGAGGAGAGCCAGAGCGUCGUGCUGCCCCCCGGCUGGCAGAGCUACCUGUCCCCCCAGGGCCGGCGUUACUAUGUCAACACGACCACCAAUGAGACCACCUGGGAGCGCCCCAGCGGUUCUGGGAUUCCGGCCAGCCCUGGCACUCACAGGAGCCCCCUGCCUCCGACAGUGAAUGGAUACCACGCAUCGGGGACCCCAGCACACCCUCCCGAGACUGCCCACAUGAGUGUCCGAAAGUCCGCCGCUGAUCCCCAGAACCUGGGGUCCUCGUCACCAGGCAAAAAGCAGAGCAAGGAGAACACCAUCACGAUCAACUGUGUGACGUUCCCUCACCCGGACACGAUGCCGGAGCAGCAGCUGCUGAAACCAACCGAGUGGAGCUAUUGCGACUAUUUCUGGGCUGAUAAGAAGGACCCCCAGGGCAACGGCAACGUGGCUGGGUUUGAAUUGCUGCUUCAGAAACAACUGAAGGGCAAGCAGAUGCAGAAGGAAAUGUCGGAAUUCAUUCGGGAGAGGAUAAAGAUUGAAGAAGAAUAUGCGAAGAACUUAGCUAAGCUCUCUCAGAACUCCUUGGCCGCACAGGAGGAAGGCUCCCUGGGAGAGGCGUGGGCACAGGUGAAGAAGAGCCUGGCGGACGAGGCAGAAGUCCACCUCAAGUUCUCGGCCAAGCUUCACAGUGAGGUGGAGAAGCCCCUGAUGAACUUCCGGGAGAACUUCAAGAAAGACAUGAAAAAGUGUGACCACCACAUCGCCGACCUCCGCAAGCAGCUUGCCAGCCGCUACGCCGCAGUGGAGAAGGCCCGGAAAGCGCUCACGGAGCGGCAGAGGGACCUGGAGAUGAAGACCCAGCAGCUGGAGAUCAAGCUGAGCAACAAGACGGAGGAGGACAUCAAGAAGGCCCGGAGGAAGUCCACGCAGGCCGGAGAUGACCUCAUGCGCUGCGUGGACCUCUACAACCAGGCCCAGUCCAAGUGGUUUGAAGAGAUGGUGACCACCACGCUGGAGCUGGAGCGGCUGGAGGUGGAGAGGGUGGAGAUGAUCCGGCAGCACCUGUGCCAGUACACACAGCUGCGGCACGAGACAGACAUGUUCAACCAAAGCACAGUCGAGCCUGUGGACCAGCUGCUUCGAAAAGUGGACCCAGCCAAAGACAGGGAGCUGUGGGUCAGAGAGCACAAGACGGGCAACAUCCGCCCUGUGGACAUGGAGAUCUAGGCGGGCACACGCGGCCCCCGGGGUCCUGCCAAGGAGAGGGGCCAGGGGGCCCAUGGAGAGGAGGUGGUGGGUCCCGCUGCCAAGUGGAGCUGCCCUCCCCCCCACUCUCCUGCCCACUGAGGAGAGGGGAGGGUGAGGGCUGCAGCCAGCGAUUCCAGAAGGGCGGCCUGGCGGCCUCGCUGGGAGGUCCCCGUGUUCCCAGGCCAAGAAGGUGGAUCCACAGCCCCGCCCUUGUCUCUGAGGCCGAAGACCCCCAACUCCCAUGUUGUGCUUGCCGUUCCGGGAACAAACUGAAGCUGGAACUUUGUGGUCCCUGCUGAGCACCGUAGGGUCAUCUCCCCGCCCAGAGCCAGCUGCGUCCCAUGCUCGUGCCCCUGGAAGCCCCGAGGUCCUUCCUCCAGCUGGCCCUCUGGUCUCCAGGGAGGUCUCUGUCUCCAAGGCCCAG